AGGGAACAAUGGGGCCUGGCUAUUCUGGGGACUCCAAUUGGAUGGACAGAUGAAUGAAUGAGUUCUCUCUCCUCAGAGCCAUCUACAGGGUACUGAGGUUCAACCUUAUGGAUUUCCAAGAGGAUGGCCCGAGCCUCUCUGGUGUGUGGAUCUCACUGUACUUUGGAUUCCUGGGACUGUGUUCUGUGGCAGUCGGCAGCUGCAUUCUCUUUCUGCAUUGGAAGAAGAAUUUGAGGCGGGAAGAGCGUGCCCAGCAGUGGUUGGAGGUGAUGCGAGCCGCCACAUUCACCUACAGCCCUUUGUUGUACUGGAUUAACAAACGCCGACACUAUGGCAUGAACGCAGCCAUCAACACUGGACCUCCUCCUGUUGUUGGCAACACUGAGGCUGGUGUUCAGAAUCCAGAUCCUCUGUGGGAGGUGAAUGUCUCUGAAGGAAGGGGCAAUGCUGCCCAAAGCAGUAGCUCCAAGGUGGAGGCACCUGGUCCCCUGCAGCCAACACUAGUGGUUCCACAGCAGUCCAUACCUUCACCAGUACCGCGACCCCAGGCAAGCUCAUCUGUUCCAAUUCCCAUCUUUCAGGAGAUUCCCUUUGCCUUAUCACUCUGCAAUCUUCCUCCCAUGGUGAACCACUCUGUCUCCUACCCCUUGGCCAGCUGCCCAGAGAUAAAUGAACGCUUCCAUUCCCUCCCCACACUAGCCCAUGGAGACCACCGCUUUAAUGCCAAGUCUUUUGCUUCAGAAUUGUAGCCUCCUCUUAUGGAAGGUGGGAGCUGCAGUUAUAAUAGGCAAUGGAGACAAUGGAUACAAAAGGCCAGGGUUCACCUGUGAAAGACUGAAAUAAAUGUUCAA